UCCGAAUCGGUGUAUCUAUAUUCUAACCGUUGCCAUACACAUAGUGCUAGUUGCUGUGGCCGCUACGAAACUGAUUCUCCAGGAAAAUCUUCGCUCGCAGCUGCUAGAACACGACGACGGAUUGCUGAUCGCUGGUGGUUCCAACCCUUCGAAAGAGCUCUGGAUAGUUAGCCUUCGCCUACUUCAGCUGGUCGACGUCCAGACCAUACUACUGCACGCCUCUUCCAUCCUCAUUUCGAACCGUUUGUUUAACGACCCGUACAGUCGUCACCUGAACGGAAUAUCUCACCUAUGGACCAUGCUUACGGUGUGUUGCCUACUGACAAACCUCUUCGCAAUGGUGCUUUUCUUUAGAUUUGUUGAAAUCACCUACAACACCCUGCAGGACUCGCUGUACGGUGGGCUAGAGAUGUAUCAGUUCGAUCCAGCUUGGAGUGAAUUUUGGAACGAACUACAAAACCACUCCCGAUGCUGUGGUGUGCUCAAUCACACCGAUUGGCAUGGGAUGUUGUGGCGAACGGCAGAUCAGGAGGCUCAAUUUGGAAGGCUACUAGCUUCAGAUACUGCCGAUGCGGUUGUGCUCGUGCCAAUUAGCUGCUGCCGGAACCGCCACCAUUGCAAGGGUGAGCGCGUCAAUCUGGGCGUUACUGAGCUACUACGAUCGGUUGCCCUGGAUGCCACGGACAUCAUCAAUCACGCUGGCUGUAUGGAUGUGAUGAGGAGCAGACUGGCAAACACUGUGCGCAUGAUCAGUUUGUUAGACGUGGCGCUCUGCUCGUUGCAGCUUGGAGCGGUGCUUUGUAUGAGAAUUUUGUUUAUUACCAACCGAAACUUUCAAUCAAAGUCCAACAUUUGAAAGCGUCCUACCCCGCACUAUUGCUUCUCGUUCUCCUAUUCAAAUAAUUUCCGAUGCUCAAUGUUUG